AUGGUGGUGGUGAAGGAGUAUCGGGUAGUGAUGCCGGUGACAGUGGAGGAGUACCGCAUCGCUCAGCUGUACAUGACAGCGAGGACUCAGCUCAUGGAGGCACAGCAGGCUGAUGGAGCAGGCGUUGAAAUUUUAGAAAACCACCCGGCCACGCAUCCAAGGUUGGGUGCGAGUCAGUACACGCGGAAGCUCUUCCACAUCGACCGGAGGUUUCCCGGAUGGCUGAGGAUGAUCGCGCCUAAAAGCGGCAGCUGCUUGGUAGAGGAGAGUUACAACAGUUACCCGCAUACGCUGACACAAGUCACCUUUCCUCUGUUCAGCAAGUUCAAGAUCACCAUCGAGACGAUUCAUCGAGGCGACAGAGGCAAGGAAGCGAAUGUGCACAAGCUCAGCUCGGAGCAAAUGAAGAAGCUUGAAGUAGUCAACAUUGAUAUCGCUGAGAAGCGGAAAGAGGACUCGAAGAUGUUUAGGUCGCAGAGAACUGGACGAGGUCCGCUAGAAAGAGGAUGGCAAGAACGAGUGGACCCUGUGAUGUGCGCCUACAAACUUGUGUCGUGCGAGUUCGAUUAUUGGGGUUUACAGUCGAAGGUGGAGUCUUUUAUGCACCAGUACGAGCGGGAUCUGUUCUUCAACGGCAAUCGCAACAUGUUCUGCUGGAUCGACGAGUGGUUCGGCUUGACUCUCGCGGACGUGAGGAGGUUUGAGGCUCAGGUGGCGGAGAGGACGAAUCUAAUCACAGAGGUGUCGCGCUACACCUCGAGAGGUCUGCUGCUGCUGACAGCAAUGGUGAGGUGA